UAAAAGCGCAAGAUGGAGGUUAAAGAUGAAAAAGAGAAGACUCCCGUUGAUUCAUGAUCGUCAAAAGAGGUUUUACAGCACAGUGCGUGAACAUUGAGUUGCGCACGGUACCAUACCUUUCGCUUACUUGCACUUCGCCUUUUCCCAAAGCCCCAUAGCCAACCGAUUUUACCCAUCACCGAGCCAGCUGACAGUAGCUGACACGCUCUCUCUCUCUCUCUCUCUCUCUCUCUCUCCUUGAUUUCCUUGAAAUAACGAUGCGGUGGAAAAUACAGCAUGGUCCCAGUUAGUUCUAUGUAGCUGUACACACGUACAAUUCCCUCUGUUUCGCAUCUUCCAAGGGUAUAGCUCGAAAUCUUGGCCAUUUAUUAUCCGGGGUAUGCUCUGCUUGCUUUACUUCGCUGUAAACGAGGAAUGCAGGGAUCAGAGUGAUCGUUGCCAUUUACUACAUUUCUUGAGGAUGGCACUCAGCUCGAACUCGUUCAAGUUUCUUGGUUUUGUUAUGGGAAUUGAUUCUUUGAUAAAGUUCUGAUUUUCUUUCCUUUUAAGCAGUUCAAUCCUGGGUACCUUCUUGGAAUGGCGUGCUUUGAAUUUGUUUUCUUGCCGAGUAUUGCUGUUCUUUUAAGGUAUUGAAUUGGUUUGGGGGGAUGGUCUUGCAGAUUUGGCAGAAUUCAGUAAUGAAUGCCAGAGUCAGAACAAGGCUUCAGUCCAUGAGAUCUCCUCUCAAGUAUGAAAAACUGGAUAUGCAGGGGAACAAGGUAAACGAUGCUGUAAAAGCAACCGCGAGUCAACGACCCUCCAGCAAAGAGAGAAAAUUUGCUUUGCAGCAAGACAUUGAUAAACUCAAGAAAAAGCUCAGACACGAAGAGAACAUUCACAGAGCUUUGGAGAGGGCUUUCAGCAGACCUUUGGGAGCUCUACCUCGUCUUCCCCCUUAUCUCCCUGCUUAUACAUUGGAGCUUCUUGCCGAGGUGGCUGUUCUGGAAGAGGAAGUGGUUCGGCUCGAACAGCAAGUUGUGCAUUUUAGACAGGAUCUGUAUCAUGAAGCUGUCUAUAUAUCAUCCUCCAAAAGGGGCGCAGAAAAUUCAGCUGAUUCAUAUGCCCCAUACCCGGUUAAGAAUCACAAACCAGAGCGACGCAAAUUUUCAGCUCUAAAUGGGUUUGAUUCAUCGGUGUCCACAAGGAGGCAUAAACCUUCUCUGUCUGAUGAUGGUGGGGGACAAGAGGAUCAAUCAUGUACAAAUUCAGUAAAGAAUGUAAAGGGAUCCUCGAUCCAUAAACCCCAAACAAUAAAAAAUCCAGUUAAGAGACCUCUCAUAAGCCAUAGAUCAGCAGAGAAACGUUUAGAUCAUCAGAAUUUACAGGUAGAAUGCAGAUUGAAAGACCAAGAAAGUCUAGACGCAAGAACCCCUGAUGAAGGGCCAGGAGAUGAUGGCCCAAACAGAAUUUCUGAAAAUAUAGUGGAAUGCUUAUCUAGCAUUCUCCUAAGAAUGAGUUUGAAGAAGAAUCAAAGUAGUGCAGAAGAUUUACCCUCCAUAUCGACCUCUUCAACUCGAGAAAGCAGUGAAGAAACAAAUUAUUGGGAUCCUUAUGGUGUUUGUUCAGUAUAUGGAAUGAGAGAUAUUGGUCCAUAUAAGAAAUUAUGUCACAUUGAAGCUGGCUCAAUCAAUCCAAACCGAACAGCAAAUUCUGUGUUUCUACUUCGUAGAUUAAAACUCCUCCUGGGGAAACUUGCCUCUGUCAACUUAGACAGCCUCAUCCAUCAGGAGAAGCUAGCAUUCUGGAUAAACAUUUACAAUUCCUGCAUGAUGAAUGCAUUCCUAGAACACGGAAUACCAGAGCUCCCUGAGAUGGUUGUUGCUUUGAUGCAGAAGGCAACAAUAAAUGUUGGGGGACACUUGCUAAAUGCAAUAACUAUAGAACAUUUCAUCUUGAGAUUGCCUUACCGCUCAAAAUAUACAUUUGUAAAGGGUGCGAAAAACGAUGAGAAGACUAGGAGAAGCAUAUUUGGAUUGGAGUUUUCUGAACCCUUGGUGACAUUUGCCCUAUGCUGUGGAAGCUGGUCCUCCCCUGCUGUGAGGGUGUACACAGCAUCUCAGGUUGAGAAAGAACUGGAAGUGGCUAAAAGGGAGUACUUACAGGCUGCAGUUGGAAUUUCAACUACCAAGUUUGCUAUCCCAAAGCUUUUGGAUUGGUAUUUGCUCGACUUUGCAAAGGACUUGGAAUCAUUGCUUGAUUGGGUCUGUCUUCAGUUACCAAGUGAACUUGCCAAAGAAGCAAUUGGGUGUGUUGAGAGAGGCAAAAAGGAAACUCUUUCACAGUUUGUCCAAAUUAUUCCAUACGAGUUUAGUUUUAGGUACCUUUUAUACUCGCAAUAAACUUUGCAAUUUUCUUGUAUACACAGCUAUAGAAUGCAUAAGAAAGGUGGUUUGUAUAUGAUACCUUGUAAGUAGUAUUCGUGAGAUGAAUGGUGUCUUCACCUUGAGGUUCAGCAUGUACUACGCUUUGAAAAGAGUUUCAAAUAAAAAGGAAAUUUAUUGAGUCCUAAGCUUUUGCAUCACUU